AAAAAAUUGAAACCACGAGGCACGGAUCAUUAGAUAUUAAACUAUAAACAAAACCUCACAUUUUCUCAUAAACAAAAUUUCAAACUUAUAAAUUUCGUUCGGCACUUGUUUGUUACAAAAGUGUAUGUGUUCUUCAAUAAUCUAAGUAAGUAUUAUAUUGUUUGGUGUUUCAUUUCACUAGAUUGAAGACCAUAAAUCAUACCUUACGGAAUAAUUUGAUUUCGACUAUUAUUUAUUUACUAGAAAAAAUAAUACUUCCUUCAGUUUUCAUUAAACCCAGUUUUAUAUUUUAAUAUCAAAUUUUAUAAUAUGUCUUUGCAAAAAGUUAAUUAAAAUUAUUUUAUUAUCAUAAUGUGAAAUUAAAUAAAAAAUUUGAGUUCAAUGCAGUGCCAGGUCUUACCCUCUUUUCUUUAAAAUUUAACACUAUUAUUUUAAAAUCAAAUUUCUAUUAGUAGUCUUUUCCAUUCAAACAUUUAUAUUAUUUUGCCUACCCAGAAAAAUAUUUCUAUAACGUACGUCUCAGGUUCAAUUUUUGUAAAAUGUCUGUUAAAAACGAAAAAUUAAACAAUAUUCAAUGGACGUUUCAUAUAUUUCUUAGUUAAAAUUUAAUAUUUUCAAAAUUUUUUUUUCCAAAAUGUGUAUUUUUUAAUGUUUAAUCCAAUCAGUAUAAUGAAAACUUACCUAUCAUAUUUACUUUUAUAGUUUUGAACCUUCAAAAAUAGCAUUUUUAGAAUUAAUCCAAAUCAAAAUCUAAUUAUAAAAAAUCAUUGUUUUUGUGAUUUUUAUUUUUUUUUUUAUUUACCUUAGAAUAGGUAUAUCUGACUUAAUUUUAGUGUAACAGAAGUUUAAAUGUGCUGCGCUCACUUGGACAAUUUUAAUCAAAAAUAACUGUUGAUUUGUUGUGCACUAUCACGUCUGGUAGGUAACAAAAAUAUGAAGAAAUGUAUGUGGAUUUAGAGACCCAAUGUAGUCACUCUCUAAAAUUAUGUUCGAUUAAAAUUUUCUGAAUGAGUGCAGCAAAACAUUGCGCAUUUGAAUGUUUGUAACUCUAAAUCCAAGCCAGAUAGACUUAUUAUGAUUUCGAUAAAAAAAAAAUUUAUUAUCAAAGUAUCAAUAACUACAAAUAAUAAUACUAAAAAAAAUGUCUAUUUUUGAUCACAUUUUGGUUGAAUUCCAAAAACACUAUUUUUCAAGAUUAAUGUACUAAAACUUUUAAAGUAAGUGUUUUCAUUAUACCGAUGAAUUAAUCAUUAAAUACAAAUUUUGGAAAAAAAUAUUUAUGAAAAUGUUAAAUUCUAACUAAGAAAUAUGUGAAACAGAAAAUCAGAACUUCAUAAAAAUUUUCCCCCACAACUUCCAAAUGAAGUUCGUUUGUCCGAAUUAUUUUUUUAUAUUCUUAAUGUACAUGCAAAAACACAUCUUUUGAAAAACAAAAACCCAAAAAUCGCGUGGAAGGUAAACUAGAAUUAUGCUUAGUUAUUAUACAAUUUAUGCUGAUUCCUUAAAUUUUAAUUUUCACAUGUAAUCUCAAUAAUUUGACAUAUGUCAAACUGAAUUUUUGUAUGUGUUGAUUUUAUAUCUAUUUUAUUAAUAUUACGCUUCAUUAUUAUAUUGUUUGUAAAUUUUAGAACUUAAAAUAUAGUAGUUUUGUGUGUUUUCCUUAAAUUUUAUUUUUCUAUCAGAAUUUUGUAAAUAUCUAAAUUAAGUUGAUAUUUGUAAACACAAAUUUUAAUUUUAAUACUAGUAUGGAUAAUGGUAAUGAAUCCAAUUAUUAGUAUCUGUGUUACAUUAAUUAUAAAAUAUGUAUCAUCUUUUAGUAUGGAUGACCAAAAUAUCACUUUAGAUGUAAAUCCAAAGGCUUACCCUCUAGCUGAUCAACAAUUGACAACAAAAAUUUUGAAUUUGGUUCAACAAGCUAUGAACUAUAAACAAUUGCGUAAAGGAGCAAAUGAAGGUAAAUUUCAAUAAUAAAUUAUGUAUUUUUGUUUAAAUUUAGGAAGAAAGUCUUGAUAAAAACUUAUUAGGAAAAAAUCCUUGUUAAUAGAUUCUUAUUUAAAAAAUAAUAAUGAAUCUGUUGAAAAAUUGAAAAAUAUUGGUUUAAUUUUUUUAUUAUUAAACUAAUUACUAAGGUUCAGAUGACUGUAAAAUUGCUAAAAAAAAAAAUGAUAUUUUUCUCUGUUUAUCUAAUUCAAUACUUACCUGAUAAUAAAUUUUAUUCGUGUUCUACAGAAUCAAAUAAAAUUAUUUUUAUUUUGCAUAUUCAUGGAUAUCAAGAAUAUAAAUGUAUAUUUUAUUAUACUUAAGAUUUUUUUUUUUUAUAUAAAAAAAACUAUUUAAAUUAAUAAUGAAUUAUAAUUGCAAAAAAUUGUAUAAUUUGAACAAAUCAAAAAAACCAGUUUAUCACACUGUAACACUUUUAUUGUAAACUAAUAUGUAAUAUUAAAAAAAUAAUAAUUAACCAUUUUUGUGCAUGUUUUGGUUUUUAACUAAAAAUGUGUAUUUUAUGAUUUUUAAUGUAUAUUUGGUAAUUUUUAACUGCAUAUUACAGUUAUUUUAAGUGCAUUAACAUCCGAACUCUACUAAUUACCUUCAAUGACCUUGAUUAUUAUUAGCUAUAUGCAGAUUUUACAUAUUGUUUACAUUUUUUUCUUUUUGUACUAAAAUUUUUUAAAUUAGCUUAAAGAAGUAAGUCUGUUGGUUUUAAAAAUCUAUUGUUCUUUUGUUUAUUAUUUCUAUUUGUGGUCCUAGGAUUUUGUGCAAUUGACCUGGUGUCUUGUGUUAAAUAUUAACAACAUUCAGUUAGUAUUUAUAUUUUUAGUGUAUAUUAUUGUUCUGAAUGGAGAGAAGAAGUUUUUGGUUUUACAAUUAUGUUUAGUUUUUCUGCGGACAUUUUUCUACUAGCAAUUUUAUUUUGAUUUUCAAUAACAUUUUUUUGAAAGGAAAUUGGAGUGUGAAGAUACUUUAGAGAUACCAGUUUUUGAUUUUUUCAGGAGUUUAACAACAAAUGAGAAAAUAAAUAUAAUAUUAAACAUUUAUUAAUGACAAAGCAUCAAUAUCAACAAAUCUCUUCUCGAAAUCGGUUUUCGUUAACAAUAGUUAAUCGUUCCUUAUAUACAUUAAAUUUUACAUAUCACAGUGGCUACACCCAUCAACAUUAUCUUAGGACCAUUUUUGAUUACAGCUCAUUAUUAUUUUAUAAACAUAUGUAAUAUCUAUGUGUUAAUUUACAAUGGGAAUUUUUUUUCCUAUUAGUGUUUUUAUUCUAGAAUAUUGUCUAAUUUGUGAUUGUUUUUUUAGCUACUAAAACCUUAAAUAGAGGUAUAUCAGAAUUUAUAGUAUGUGCCGCUGAUGCAGAACCUUUAGAAAUAUUAUUGCACUUGCCACUGCUAUGUGAAGAUAAAAAUGUGCCUUAUGUUUUUAUUAGAUCCAAACAGGGUUUGUUUUUUUAUUCAACAAUUUAAACAUGACAUAUCUUAUGUAUUUAAUUGUACCUAAUUUUUAUUUUACAGCAUUGGGACGAGCAUGUGGUGUUUCAAGAUCAGUUAUAGCUUGUUCUAUUACUACUGACGAGGGUUCACAAAUACGACCACAAAUCUUACAAAUUCAGACUGAAAUUGAGCGACUAUUGGUUUAAUUGUGUACACAUUUUUACAUUUCAUAAUAUUAAUUUGAUUAUAAUAACAAUAUAUAAUUAAAACAUUUUUUUUUCAGUCUCUUAUCAUUUUUAUCACUUCAAUCCGCCUGUAAAACAAUCUUGAUCUCCCAAGUUAAAGCUUUUUUGGUCCAGAGAAAACUUAAGUAGUGGGUAAAAGAAUACAGAUUUUUUUGGUCAAUAAGUAGUUUAUUUUAUUAAUAUUUUAUGACAAAAUUACUAUAUAAAUAAAAAAAAAAGGAAAUUUUUAUUUUUACAUUAAAUCAGUUCAACAAGUUUUUUUUUUUUAAUUAAAUAAUUUAAUAUUGAAUACAUAAACUUUAAACACCCAGAAGAUUUGUAAAAUCAUCAGUAAUAAUUGUAUAAAUUUUAAGGUAAUGUAUUUAAUAAUGUUAAUUCUCAUAUUAUGAAUUACUAAAAAUUACUAAACCCAAUUAGAAAAUAAAAUUGGUAUGUUUUUUAAUAGACAUAUUUGCAUUAAAUAUUGGAUAAAUAUUUGGAAUUUUUAAUUUUUACUUGCACAAUAUGAAUUAAGUGGAUAUAAAUCCCUAUACCAUUAUUUUUUUAGUUAUUUUUACUGUGUAUAUUAAUAUGUAUUCAAUAUAUUAAACUAUUUUCAUUAAAAUAAAUCACAUAUAUUUAACAUACAAUUUUAUAUCAGUUUAGAAUAAUAUUUUUUAUCCUUAUUAAUGUUUCCUAAAAUACUAAGUAAGGUAAUGCAAAUAGGUACAAAUACAAUAACAAUGUAAUGAGAUUAAAAUUACUAUUCUGGUUAUGACCAGUGUUCCAUGAUUUGUAGCAUUUGCUGAUUUUUAACUUCACAUUAAAUUUAAUAGUGUAAUGAAAAUGUAUGUUAUACAACAAAUUCAAAUAUGAAAUAGAAAGUUCUUUAUUAAUUAAUUAAAAAAACAAUAGUAAUCAUUUACUAUAGUCUGUCCCACAAGAAAUCGGGCCGCUUCUGUGCAUGUAUAAUUUUACAACUGACUUCGAACACCAUCAAGCGGGUGAUUGAUGGGCAAGGUUGUGAUGCGGGGAUGCACAGCAGUGACCGUUUUUGACUGGCAGCAAGCGACCCGAACUCUCAUGUGACAGACUAUAGUUCUUUUGCUUUUUUAAAUAUAUUUAAGUUGCUUCAAUUUAAGCUAGGGCUAGGCUAUAUUGAAGUUUUUUUUUUUCUUUAAAUGCCUUUUUGUAUGAUUUUAAAUCCCAAAUCCUGGUUAUGACUUAUAGCGUAUUAGAAUAUUAAAACAAUGAAUGUUGUUUUACAGCUUAAAACAAAAGUUUGAUAUUUAUAUGCUAUAAACUAUUUAUAAUAUAGUUAAUAAACUUAUAUAAUAUAAUAUUACAUUGUAACUGAAAAGCAAAGCAAAAAUUAAUGAUAGUAUUCUACAGAGAUAAUUAAACUUUAUCAUGCAGUCUCUUUUUUUUUCUAAAAUAUUUAGAUAUCCUAAUUUAUUUUACAGCACUCACUAUGGUGAUUAAAAUAUGUUAAUUAUAAUUUCUAAAAAAAGGAUGCGAAUAUAAGUAAGGUUUUUAACUCUACAACAUAUUUGUGAGAAGCUAAAGAAUAAUAAAUUAUUGUGUGUAAAAAAUUCUAUAAUAUAGUGUUUUUGAUCUCCAUAAACUAUAGGAGUUAUCAAACUUAAGUAAAUAAACUCCUUCGCCAGGAUACAAGUGAUUUCCAGCAUAUACUUCCUUAUGACAGUCUCUUCUGUAUACGGGAAUAAUUAUUGAUAAUGGUGGUCUAUUUAUCUCGUUAGCCUUUUUUAUAUCUUGAAUGGUGUGACCAUUUGCUUCUAAUUCAUUAAGUAAAUCUAAUAAUAACAAUCAUCAAUAAAUAAUAUGUCACAUCCACAUGGUGUAAACAUAAUAUACUUAG